AUGUAUCGCGAUUUGUUGCUCCUCACUUCAUUCUUCAGCGUCGCCCUCGCGCAAAGUGGCGCUGAUCCGUACGCCCCAGUCUACACGGAAUGUCCCUCCUCUCUCAAGAUCCGCAAAGCAUCAGACGGCCUAUCCGAUGAAGAGUCAUCCUGGCGUGAACAGCGUGCUAAGCAGAUCAUUCCAAAUCUGGAGGACUACCUCAAACUCGCCAACAUUUCCAACUUCAACGUCUCAAACUAUAUAAACAAACUCAAGAGCGAUAAUGUUCCCAUCGUUGGCCUCUCUGUCUCUGGUGGAGGCACGCAGUCUGGUCUAGGCGGAUUGGGUGUCUGGCAAGCGUUUGAUGCUCGGUCUGCUAUCGCAAGGGCGGCGAGGACAGGCGGCUUGACGCAGCUUUUCUCAUACAUCACUGGACUAUCCGGCGGAGGCGCUGUCACCGUAUCUCUUCUCGCGGCAAACAAUUUCACCACAACAGACGGCGUCAAAAAGGCCUCUAACUUCUCCCUCGACUAUUCAUCCGGUCCAGACGGCAACCAAACAGCCUUCUUCACCAACAUCUUCGAAAACAUGGGCGCCAAAGACGAAUCGGGCUUCCCCGUCUCCGUCGCAGACACAUUCGGUCAAUUUUGGGGAACUUGGCUGCCCGAGGAUAAAGUAUACAGCAACUACUCCGACAUCGCCUCCAAAAACACUGCCUUCGCUCUGGGCAACGCACCAAUGCCAAUCAUGUGCUUCGCAGAAGUCAUCCCCGGAAAGUCCCCCGAGAUCGGAAAACUCAUGUAUCCCGGCUUCAACAAAUCCACGCGCUUCAACUUGACAGCUUAUGAGGUCACGCCCUUUGAGUUUGGAAGCUGGGUCGGGGGACGCGUGCAGGCGUUUAUCCAGACCAAGUUCCUGGGAACUUCUAUGACGGAGGGAAAACCGCAGAACAAGAGUGAAUGCGUGCAGGGCUUUGAUAAACUUACGCUGAUGCAGGGUACGACUGCUAAUGCGUUUACUGCGUGGUUUAUUGAUUCGUUUUAUGGAAUUCCGGUAUUUGCGAAGAGAUGGUUGGGCAAGAGACAGAAGGUCAACCCGGAUAUCAACGACGUUCCUGUGCCGAAGGAUCAGUAUGAUAAUCCUCUUGUUCAGCUUGUGAAUGAGACGGCGAUGUAUUUUGACUUGACGUUUAAUGAGUCGUUGUGGGCGACGUAUCCGAAUCCGUUUCAGGAUUAUAAUGACGAUAUGAAGGGGGUUUCGGAGCUGCUUUUGGUCGACGGGAGUCUUACGCUUGAGAGUAAUCCUCUUCGUCCGCUGAUCAUUCCUGAACGCAAGCUUGACUUGAUCAUUGUUUACGAAGCAUCAUCUGAUGCGCCCAACUCUUGGGUCAACGGAAGCAACCUCAUCAAUACCGCCCUUAGUGCAUCCCAAGGCAACAUCCCCUUCCCCAAAAUCCCCGACGUAAACACCAUCGUCGCCCAAAACCUCUCUUUCCAACCAACAUUCUUCGGCUGCAACGCCUCAUCCUCCACGCCCCUCCUCCUAUGGUUGCCCAAUGCUCCAUGGACAGGAUACACCAACUACUCCUACACACAGACCCAAUUCACACCCAACCAAGUCGACAUUGCGCUUGAGAACGCAUUCCAGGUAGCCACGUACGGCAAUGGCAGCGUUGAUGAGAAUUGGCCUGCUUGUUUAGCUUGUGCAGCUAUUAAGGGUUCGUUGAGAAGAUUGGAUAUUGAGAUGCCGAAGCAAUGUGAGGAGUGCUUUGAGAGGCAUUGCUGGAAUGGGACGACGAGUGAUAGGGAGGCUACGGCGGGGGAUUUUGAUCUUAGGCCGAGAUUGGAUCCGGAGUUGAGCUUUGCGAAGUGGAAUGAGAGUGAUUGGGAGAAGGAGGAGAGUACGGGUAGUGGAAAUGGAAGUGGAGGGGACGAUUCGGCUGGUGUCAAGCUUGGGUAUAAUAUGGUUGGACUGGGUUUGUCGCUCGUCGCGGUGGCUGCACUACUGUAG